AUGGAUUUCUAUGUUUCAAACUUUCAUGUACUUAUUGUCAUAAUAUUCCUCAAUGUGUUCAUAUCACAAAGUGCUUAUGCAGCCAUUCUUGGUAAUAAUGAGCCAGACAAACUUGCACUUGUUGAUUUCCAAUCAAAAUUAACUGCUGAUCCUCUACAAGUCGUAUCGUCUUGGAACGAUUCGAUACAUUUCUGCAACUGGAGAGGUGUCACAUGUGAUCCAAGUAUCCAAAGGGUGGUUAGGCUGGAUCUUACAGGGCUGAAGUUGUCUGGAACCGUGUCGCGAAGAAUUGGUAAUCUCUCUUUUCUUGAAACACUUUACCUGUCAGACAAUUCAUUCACUUCUGUAAUACCUCAAGAAUUAGGCUCCUUGACAAGGCUCCAAAGAUUGAACUUAAGCUUUAACUUCUUUGAGGGGAAUAUACCAUCCAAUCUGUCUAGCUGCAUAAAUCUCAUUAAUCUUGAUUUGAAUCACAAUUAUCUUAUAGAACAAGUCCCUUCAGAACUAGGGUCAUUGUCAAAGCUUCAAAAAUUAUAUCUCAACAACAACAACCUCACCGGGAACUUCCCAGUUUCUUUUGGAAAUCUUUCAUCCCUCCAAGAACUUAGUGUGAAUUAUAACUACCUUGAAGGGGAAAUCCCAUCUACUGUUUCCCUUUUGAGAAACUUGACCGUUUUUAGAGUGGCGGUGAAUCAUUUCUCUGGCGUGUUCCCACCUGCACUCUACAAUCUUUCAUCACUUCAACUUCUCUCAAUCACUCAAAACAAUUUUCAUGGUGACCUCAAGGAGGACAUGGGGCUUAUUUUACCUAACAUUCAGAGGCUAUACUUGGGUGGUAAUGGUUUCACCGGUGAGAUACCUGUUUCGUUGUCCAAUGCUUCAAAUCUUGUCCAGCUAGAUUUAUCAGUAAACAAGCUCACUGGAUCCAUUCCCUUGAGUUUUGGGAAACUCAGGUCUCUCCUUUUGCUUAUUGUCCAUUCUAAUCAACUCAGGAGUGAUGAUUUGAACUUUCUUACUCCUUUAACAAAUUGUAGCAAGCUACAGUAUCUUGAUAUUGCCAAUAACAAGUUUACUGGCGAGUUCCCCGGCUCAAUCGGUAACUUAUCAUCCAAGUUGAGGUGGCUAAACUUUUACAAUAACUCUAUACAUGGGAGCAUUCCUCCAGAGUUUGCAAAUCUUGUUGGUUUAGACGCGUUGGGGAUAGGCCUAAACUUCUUGACAGGUAAUAUUCCAGCUUCACUUGGAAAACUUCCGACGUUGAAACAACUUUACUUGGCCUCAAAUCAAUUAACUGGUGAAAUCCCUUCUUCUUUAGGCAACCUUACACAAUUAUUGUAUCUAUACUUGCAUAAUAACAGUCUAGAAGGAAUCAUACCUUAUGGUUUUGGUAAUUUCAAGUUUCUGCAAGAAAUUGACCUUUCUGACAAUAGGUUAAACGGGACCAUUCCAAAACAAUUUAUCGGUCUUUCCACCCUUUCCAGAACACUAAACUUGUCACACAAUUCCUUGACUGGUGUAUUACCUAGUGAUAUUGUCCGGUGA